AUGUCUGGCAACAAUGGCCUGGACCAAGAGAAACUAGAAACGAUUACAGAUCUGACGCUUGAGCGCCGUUCUCACAAUGCAGCGCCUUCGCAGAAGACCGCCUGGCCUAGGUGGGUAAGGAGAGGGAGAGAAAAGAGCAGUAUAGCACUUGCAUGUGCGUGGGUAGUUGAGCAUCAAAUCAGUAUAUCGCUGAACCUCAUAUCCAUGCUCUUCUUCGUACACAUAUUCUUCCCUGCGGCGCGACAUCAUACGCAAAAGUUUUUCCGCAUCUCCUACUAUAACCCGGCCACCGGAUCCUUUGGCCUGGGAUGGGACGAUAUAUUCUUCGUCUUUUACUGGAUUAUUGUCUUUACCGGCCUUCGAUGUGCGGUCAUGGACUAUGUCCUGGGUCCGUUGGCCUCAUAUCUGGGCCUCAAAAAAAGGAAACCCAAGGUGCGCUUCGCCGAACAAGCGUGGAUCGUUCUCUACAAUACCACGUCCUGGAGCAUAGGCAUGUGCAUCAUGUACAAUUCCGACUACUGGCUCAACUUGCGGGGGUUAUGGCGAGAUUGGCCGAUCCGAGAGAUGGAUGGGUUGGCCAAAUGGUACUACCUGGUACAAUUCGGCUUCUGGCUACAGCAGAUCGUGGUGGUAAACAUUGAGGAACGACGAAAGGACCACUGGCAGAUGUUCACACAUCACAUCGUCACAUGCGCACUCAUCUUCACCUCCUACGGCUAUCACCAGUAUCGUGUGGGCAACCUCAUCCUUUGCUUGAUGGAUGUUGUGGAUAUCCUGCUGUCGUUUGCUAAGAUCCUCAAAUACCUUCACUUCCAGACGUCGUGCGACGUCGCAUUCGGGGCGUUCAUGAUCAGUUGGUUCAUCAAUCGACAUGUUUUAUACAUGUUGGUGUGCUGGAGUCUCUACACGCACAUGCCGGAGGAGAUCCAGUACGGAUGUUACAAGGGCAGCGUCGGAAAUCUUCAGGGACCACUCCCUACACCGGAUGGUUGGGAUCAUCUCACUCAACCAUUCCGUGACCCUGAAGGCCUGGUGUGCUGGAACCAGAAUAUUGGGCUGACAUUCCUCGGCAUGCUGCUUGCUCUACAGUGCAUCAUGAUCUUCUGGUUCGUGAUGAUUGUGCGAGUGGCGUACAAGGUUCUUACAAACCAGGGGGCGGACGAUUCCCGAUCGGACGAUGAGGAUGAAGAUGAGGAGGAGGAAGAAGAAGAAGAAGAGGAAGAGGUCCACAAAGACAAAACAUCGCUUCCAUACCUUGAGAGCGAAGUGCUGAGCACCGACACGGACUUUUCGCUUUCCACGCAAAAAUCCAAGUCGACCUCUCCGUCUGGACGGAAAUCGAGCCCAGAAGCCACAUCUGGGUCAGGGCGGAGGAAGCAGAAGCACGAGAAUGGGCAUUCGUCCAGUGUCAAUCUUCUGGCGGGAAGCAGUGAUCGCAAAGAGCUUCUGGGCCGGAUCGGGUGUGACAAGGGGUCUGCCUCAGACUGA